CCCCUCACCACCCGCUGUCCCUGAUUCUGGAGGAAGGAGGACACCCAUUUAAGGGGUAUCUCCCUAACCCCCAUCAUGGCUAGGCGAUGGGUCAAUAGAUUGACCGUAUCAAAUGCUGCUGUGAGAUCCAAUAACACGAGCAGCGCUGAUCCGCCUUGAUCCCUUUGGCAGCGAAGCUGAUCUGUGAUGGCAACUAGCACAGUCUCCGUCCCGUGCCCCCUACGGAAGCCGGACUGGAAGGGAUCAAGUCCGGCUGUGCGAUUGAGGAACUGCUGCAACUGUUCCGCUGCUGCCCUCUCAACCACCUUGCCCAGAAACGGAAGAUUCGAGACUGGGUGAUAGCUAGAGGAAACCGAACGAUCUAAGUCUGGUUUCUUCAGCAGCGGAGAUACCAUCGCCUCUUUUAAACCCUCUGGAAAAACUCCUCAAGGGAGCUAUUUAUUAUAUUCAACAGAGGUUCACGUAAUCCCUCCAGGCAAGAUUUUACUAGCCAGGAGGGACGCGGAUCGAGGGAGCAGGUGGUCGGCCUAGUUGCAGUCAUCUGGUGGCACAAGCUAUACCUGGUACUACCCAGAUGACAGUCAGAAGCAUCAUCUUUAGCACAUAAUUUUAGUUCGAGCCACAACAUUGUCUCCUGUGCAAAAGCAAACUUUUGCCUUUAUUUUUCCUUCAUUUACAAUGUAAUGUCUUCCUGUCCUUGUUGCCUUUCUAUGAAUCUGCUGCAGUUUGCCAAUGUCCUUUCUAAAAUGGACUGAACUGAGCAGAACUGGGCAGGAAUCAUGUCUCCCACCCAAGGGUGCUGUUGGAGUGCAGAAGGAUCUGGAGGGCAGCAGGAUUCCCACUCAUCCUGGGGGUCUAUCCAUCUGUCUCCUCUAUACCGCCUUCUCUCAUGUACUGCUGCUAGGCUGAGUGCCUUGGCUCUGGCUGAAGUUACAUACCUUUGUGGUAUAGGUUUUGUAAGAAUGCAGUAUGUCAAGGAACUUUGUGGCCUAAUGUGCUCUCAGUGUCUCCAGGCGCCUUGCUUUAGAAACGUGGGGCAGGGAUCACGCUGCAGGGAAAGAGAGGAUCAGGAAAAUAUCUUUUUCCCGAGUUGGGAGAAAUCUACACAAGAAAAUGAAGUAUUUUUCUCCCAAGACUGAUCACUUGGGAUAGUCUGUCCAUACAGAUGGCCACUCAGGUUUUGAGUGGAGAUGUGAAGAAGCGGGAUCUAGGUAGGAAAUGCUUUGCAUCGUUAGCCCCUUUCCGUGUUGACCAUAUUAUUAGAGGCCUUCCUUUACCAAGGUUGGAUUAGACACAGGAUCUUAGGCCGCUAUCCCCUUUGCAGGGAUUGUUCUUUGUUGGGCAAGUGUUAAAGUGCUUCUCAGCAGGCAACGGGCUCUUACCAGUUGGGCCAGUCUUUCUCCCCUCUUCCCCUGUGAUUGCUACAGCACUAGGCUAUUGUUCUUCAUGUUCAAUGAGAUCUUUCUGUACUCUGCUCCUGAUAAGAUUUUCCUCUUAUUCAUCUCGCAGGUAACCUCUAAACGAACCUUAUGAAGAAAACAUUGCCCUUUGCCUUACGUCUGAAAGGAAAGUACGCAGGAUUAACAAGAACAAGAAAUAAAUUGGAGAAAUUAUAUUUCAAGCUACAUACCUUUGAAUGUAAGGAAAGGAAGGAUUGUGCUGUAAAAAGAGGGGUUGGUAAAGAGAAAAUAAGGCUACAGCAAUACAGAGACUGGGAAGAGGAAAUGUCCUAUUCAGGAGUCCAUAUCUGUGAACUUCAGGCAUAAUAUUAGAAUAAUAAAUGUUAAAAAAUGGAAACUUCAUUGUCAAAAUCACACACAGGGGAGAAGCGACAUAAUUGUAAGGACUGUGGGAAAUGUUUCAUUAGGAGAAGUUCUCUUGCUAAACAUCAACUAACUCACACAGGAGAGAAGCCAUAUAAAUGUGUGGAAUGUGGAAAGAGCUUCAGUCAGAGUGGAAAUCUACACACCCAUCAAAGGACUCACACAGGGGAGAAGCCACAUACAUGCAUGGAAUGUGGAAAGAGCUUCAGUCAGAGUGGACAUCUGCGUAUCCAUCAAAGGAUGCACACAGGAGAGAAGCCACAUAAAUGCAUGGAAUGUGGAAAGAGCUUCUGUCAGAGUGGAGAUCUGCGUAUCCAUCAAAGGAUACACACAGGAGAGAAGCCACAUACAUGCAUGGAAUGUGGAAAGAGCUUCAGUCAGAGUGGAGAUCUACGCACCCAUCAAAGGAUCCACACAGGGGAGAAGCCACAUAAAUGCAUGGAAUGUGGAAAGAGAUUCAGUAAGAGUGGACAUCUGCGUAUCCAUCAAAGGAUGCACACAGGAGAGAGGCCACAUACAUGCAUGGAAUGUGGAAAGAGCUUCAGUCAGAGUGGAGAUCUACGCACCCAUCAAAGGAUCCACACAGGGGAGAAGCCACAUAAAUGCAUGGAAUGUGGAAAGAGAUUCAGUAAGAGUGGAAAUCUACGCACCCAUCAAAGGAUCCACACAGGGGAGAAGCCACAUACAUGCAGGGAAUGUGGAAAGAGAUUCAGUGAGAGUGGACAUCUGCGUAUCCAUCAAAGGAUUCACACAGGAGAGAGGCCACAUACAUGCAUGGAAUGUGGAAAGAGCUUCAGUGAGAGUGGAAAUCUACGCACCCAUCAAAGGACUCACACAGGGGAGAAGCCACAUACAUGCAUGGAAUGUGGAAAGAGCUUCAGUAAGAGUGGACAUCUGCGUAUCCAUCAAAGGAUACACACAGGAGAGAAGCCACAUACAUGCAUGGAAUGUGGAAAGAGCUUCAGUCAGAGUGGAGAUCUACGCACCCAUCAAAGGAUCCACACAGGGGAGAAGCCACAUACAUGCAUGGAAUGUGGAAAGAGCUUCAGUAAGAGUGGACAUCUGCGUAUCCAUCAAAGGAUACACACAGGAGAGAAGCCACAUACAUGCAUGGAAUGUGGAAAGAGCUUCAGUCAGAGUGGAGAUCUACGCACCCAUCAAAGGAUCCACACAGGGGAGAAGCCACAUACAUGCAUGGAAUGUGGAAAGAGCUUCAGUAAGAGUGGACAUCUGCGUAUCCAUCAAAGGAUACACACAGGGGAGAAGCCACAUACAUGCAUGGAAUGUGGAAAGAGCUUCAGUCAGAGUGGAAAUCUACGCACCCAUCAAAGGACUCACACAGGGGAGAAGCCACAUACAUGCAUGGAAUGUGGAAAGAGCUUCAGUCAGAGUGGAGAUCUACGCACCCAUCAAAGGAUUCACACAGGAGAGAAGCCACAUAAAUGCAUGGAAUGUGGAAACAGCUUCAGUGAGAGUGGACAUCUGCGUAUCCAUCAAAGGACUCCCACAGGGGAGAAGCCACAUACAUGCAUGGAAUGUGGAAAGAGCUUCAGUCAGAGUGGAAAUCUACACACCCAUCAAAGGACUCACACAGGGGAGAAGCCACAUAAAUGCAUGGAAUGUGGAAAGAGCUUCAGUCAGAGUGGAAGUCUACGCACCCAUCAAAGGAUGCACACAGGAGAGAAGCCACAUACAUGCAUGGAAUGUGGAAAGAACUUCAGUAACAGUUCGAAUCUUCGUACCCAUCCAAAGAUUCACACAGGAGAGAAGCCACAUAAAUAGGACAAGUGCAAAGAAGCAGAAUGGUUGUCCAAAGAACUUCUAACGACUAUGACUCAAAAGAGACAUGAACAGGAAGUGGAAGGGGAAGAAAUCAUAUAACCAUAGAGUUGGAAGAGACCUCAUGGGCCAUCUAGUCCAACCCCCUGCCAUGAAGCAGGAAAUUGCAUUCAAAGCACCCCGGACAGAUGGCCAUCCAGCCUCUGCUUAAAAGCCUCCAAAGAAGGUUCCACAGCUGAACUGCUCUCACAGUGAGGAACUUCUUCCUUAUGUUCAGGUGGAAUCCCCUUUCCUGUAGUUUGAAGCCAUUAUUCUGCAUCCUAGUUUGCAGAGCAGCAGACAACAAGUUUGCUCCCUCCUCCUUAUGGGAUUUUGGCCUGCAUAAAUAGGGGCAGAGUGUCUAGAUCCAGGGAAGUCAUGCUCCCCCUCUAUUCUGCCUUGGUCAGACCACUUUACCUGGAAUCACACUGUGUCUAAUUCUGGGCACUGCAAUUGAAAGGAGACGUUGAAAAGCUGGAAGGUGUCCAGAGGAGGGCGACUAAAAUGAUCAAGGGUCUGGAGAACAAGCCCCAUGGGGAGCGGCUUAAAGACCUGGGCAUCUUUAGCCUGCAGAAGAGUAGGCUGAGAGAAGAAUGAAUAAAUGCAUGUACAAGUAUAUAUGAAAAUAUCAAUCUGGGUUUGUAAAAGGAAGGCAAAUGUCACGUUUGAUAGGAAGAGUAUUAAACAAAAUAUGUCUGUCUCAAGAGAGGAAGUUAAAAGUGGGGAUACUAGCAUUAGAUAUAUUUAAUGCUUUGAUUGUGUAGCAUGGCAGAUAAUAAGUGAGAUUAUGAAUUAAUUUGGAAUGGGAAGUAGAAUAAAAGGAUGAUUAGAACCAUUUUAUUUGCUAUGGUGAUAGAAUUAUGUGCAAACGCCAUCCAAAAAGGUAAGAAUGUAGAAGGUGUAGGAAUAAAGGAAAAGCAGAAGGUGAGCUUAUUUGCUGAUGACACAUUGUUAUUGAUUAAAUAUCUGGGUAGGUCAAAUGAAUAGGAGAGAGGAUCAUUGAAAGAUAUUUGGUAAAACAACGGGUUUAUAUUAUACAAAGAAAGAAGAAAAAGACUUUAUAGAACAGAGCCAUACGGGAAUUAGAAUCAAGAACAAAUUAAUAUACCUGGGAGUAAGUAUAACAAAGGACUUAAAAGAAAUAGAAGAGGUAAAUGUAGUAGCAUUGAGAAAAAUAGUUCAAAAAAAUUAAUACACAUCUAUCUUGUUUGGAAAGACAGCAAUACUAAAAAUGAAAAUGCUUUUGAGGAUAAACUUUAUACUUACAUAUACCUUAUAUUUAUAAUGCCA